CUCUCUCUCUCUCUCUCUCUCCUUUUUUCAUUGCAACACAGAGCCUGUUACUCCCCGACGAAGCUUUCGGCAAAUGGCGAAUCUUGCAUUCUGAGCUUCCGAGUCCAUUAGCUCACUGAGUCAAACCGCCGAGUUGAGAUCGCUCAACAUGUUGGACGGAAUACUCGGCAGAGGCUUCACCGCGAAAUGCAAAUCGUUGAUCAAAUUGACGAACAGGCGAAUCGAUGUGAUACGGAGGAAGAGAAGAGCGACAGAGAAGUUUCUGAAGAAAGAUAUUGCUGAUCUAUUGCUCAACGGUCUCGAUAUCAAUGCCUAUGGAAGGGCUGAAGGGCUUGUGGUUGAGUUAACACUGUCCUCUUGCUAUGGUUUCGUUGAGAAUUGCUGUGAGUUUGUGUUGAAGCAUCUCCCUGCGAUGCAGAAACUGAGUGGUUGCCCUGAGGAAUGUAGGAUGGCUGUAUCGUCUCUGAUGUUUGGGGCUGCAAGAUUUUCUGAUUUACCAGAGUUACGUGACCUAAGGCAAAUAUUUCAGGAGAGAUACGGGAAUUCCAUGGAAUGUUAUGUCAAUCAAGAGUUUGCUGCAAAUUUGAAUUUCAAGUCUUCUACAUUGGAGAACAAGGUCUGCUUGAUGCAGGAGAUUUCAUCAGAGUUUUCAAUAAACUGGGACUCCAAGGAUUUCAAACUGAGGAUGUCGAGAUCCUCUGCAAAUGUACAGGGCCACAAUGCUUGUAUGUCUAACCAUGAUAAACCAUCACAUGGCAAGGAUUUUACCCAAAAAGAAGUAAGGAAUGAUGUUUUGUUAGAGAAAAAUUGUGAUCUUGCCAAUAAUGGGUGCAGAUUUCGGAAUGGCAAGGAAGCUAUUGUGUUAAACAGACUUGAUCACGAUCUUCAUUCUAGAUCCGUACUCCCUGGAAAUGGAUUCAAGCCUCUAAAUGGUCAUGAAGUUCUUCGGAAAAGGGAUGGCCAUGAUAAUCCAGGAAUGCAAGAGAUUACUGUUGAGAAGAGUGAUAGAGGCUAUUGGAAGGAGGGCAGUAUGCUAAAACCAAUUGGACAUCCAUCUCAGCAGAAAACAGUGGAACAAUUUGAAGGUGGUUCCAAGCUGCAAUAUAGUAGGGGGAAUAUCACCCCUCCAAGAGCCAACCAGGGUUGUGUGCUAAAACCGAUCGGACAUCCAUCUCAGCAGAAAACAGUGGAACAAUUUGAAGGUGGUUCCAAGCUGCAUUAUAGUAGGGGGAAUAUCACCCCUCCAAGAGCCAACCUGGGUAGUAUACUAAAACCAUUUGGACAUCCAUCUCAGCAAAAAACUGUGGAACAAUUUGAAGGUGGUUCCAAGCUGCAAAAUAGUAGGGGGAAUGCCACCCCUCCAAGAGAAAACCAGGUCAGUAAGCUAAAACCAUUUGGACAUCCAUCUCAGCAAAAAACAGAGGAACAAUUUGAGGGUGGUUCCAAGGUGCAUUAUAGUAGGGGGAAUAUCACUCCUCCAAGAGCCAACCUGGGUAGUAUACUAAAACCAUUUGGACAUCCAUCUCAGCAAAAAACAGUUGAACUAUUUAAAGGUGGUUCGAAGCUGCAAGAUAGUAUAGGGAAUACUACCCCUUUAAGAGAAAACCAGGACGCUGCAUUUGCUAGGAAGUCUCCUAGUGAUGUUGGUUCGCAUUUCAACAGUAAUGCGAAUGAGCCAUUUGCUGUUAAUCAUGCUGGCCUUCCUGGUGCUGAUAAAUCCGAGAGAGAAACUCAAAGUGAUGAAACACCUGCACUGAAGCCCUGCUACAGUAAUGUCAUUCCACCUCCAUAUGUUAAACAUCCCAAUUCUAAGCAGCAGAGCAGCACACGUGGAGCCAAUAUCAUAUCUUCACUUACUGACAGUGGCGGCAUCUCUACAUAUCAUUCAGCACAUGAGAAGCCUGAUGCUGCUUAUGUGAUGGAGAGGAGGAUUCAAAUAGAUUUGGAUAGUUCUGACCAGGAUUGGCAGGGCAAUAGACAUGAGAGACUGAGCAAACAGAGUUGUGAUAAAGAGAUCUCAAUUCGAGAAGAUGCCGAAGAAGUCCCUGUGGUAAAACCAAGAUCUAUGCGGCGAAGGCACUCAAGAUCACGACCACCUGGUUACUAUGAUGCCUCUAAUGAAGACUCUGAACUUGAGAGAAAAUCAAGGAGCAGAAGCAGGAGACGAGAUGAAUCAAGACGUGGUCUGAAAGCUAUGCUUGAUGAUGAACGGUACCAAAAUGCUGAAGAGGAAAGGGUAAUAGAUAAAUUGCUGAUCCAUUAUAGCAAAAAGCCAUCCGUCCUUGUGCCUGAAAAAUUAAAAAGAAACUCUAAAAUUCACCAUGCACAUGACUCAACCAGGGAAUUGCUGCAGAAUGGAAGCGGAUAUGCAUCACGAUCAUUUUCCCUUCCUCGUGAAAAACAAAAAGAAGCGGAAAUCAAGAAGAAAGUGUUUACGCGUGCUGCUACGUUUGAACCAGUUAGAUCACUCGAAGCUCGGCAUGUGCAUCCUAAGUUACCUGACUGUGAUGAUCUAGCAGCUAGGAUUGCGGCCUUACGAGGAUGAUAAAGGAUCAUAUAAGUAUAAUGCUCCUCUUUUAUCAGCAUGAUUGCACUCGUUAUUAUGAUCAUCACGCUUUAAUCUUGUUACAAUGUUAAGUGCCUGGUAUUACAGAAGAAUGAAGAUUGCAUGGCGGUGCUUUUAUUGCAAAAUGCUGACUACUUCGGAGCUGUACUAAACCAUCAUAGAUGGUCCCGUCUGUGUUGGUUGACAAUAGUGACUUUGCCAUCAUUUACGGACGCAACUAUAGGUCAUACGCAACAUCAAUUCAAUUUUUGUAUUUUAUGAUUGUAGAAGUGUUUAUAUAUAUAUAUAUAUGGUGUUCCGACUUUCUUCGGGUUGAGUAAUGGUGAGUAAUGGGAAUAAAAGAUGUUGAGACAGACGCUAUUCGGAGCCUCUUACUCGCCCUUUUUUUUCUUCAGAUGAUGUUGUUUGCGCAUUUAUACAUACACGAUUUUAUAUUCAUAUAAUUUUAUUAUUUAA